AGAUCAUAAUCUUCCAAUUUCUUCAUCACUCUAACCCUAUUUGAAGUGCCUUUUCUUCAGUUGUUUUUGUGAAGCUUUGAACCAAAUUAACUUCUCAUCUCAUCAUUAGGGAUUUGUUGUUUUCCAUCUGUAAGAGGCACGUACCAUAAUAUGGCACCACAUGGGGAGGCUAUUGCUAGCGCUUACACCAGGAAAAAUUCCUUCCCCGAGCCACCAAGGCUCUCAAAAGACAAUCUUCAUCGAACAAAAUCCGAUAUUUCUUUUGAACUAACCAAAGAAGUAAUUGAUAUCAAUCUCCCACCAAUAUCCGAGGUUGAAGAUGCAAGAUGUGAGUGUUGCGGCAUGAGUGAAGAGUGCACCCCUGAGUAUAUUGAUCGCGUUCGGAACAAGUUUCUAGGGAAGUGGAUAUGCGGGUUGUGUACAGAAGCAGUGAAAGAAGAGAUGGAGAAAAAUGGAGGCCACAAGGAGGAGGCUUUGAAUGCACACAUGAGUGCUUGUACGACGUUCAACAAGUUUGCCCGGGCGUAUCCAGUUUUGUCUCAAGCUGAGGCCAUGAGGGAGAUGUUGAAGAAAAGCACAUUAAGGGCCAAAUCCUUUGGUCCUAAAGGUGCUCAAAAGAUGGUCGGGAUUGCAAGGAGUUCAAGCUGCAUUGCAGCGAUUACAAGGGGCAUGGAUGAUCUCAAGUUGAAAAAAUGAUCAUUGCCAAGCUUGCUCACCUUCAAUGGGGUCAUGGGCCUAGCUAUAUCUAUCAACCUUCGUCCCCAUCUCUUCUAAACAAGCCCUUAAAACUCUUAGGAUUUUCUUUUUGUCUUCCUCUCUAUGCCUUAAUUUCCAAACCCCACUAGUAUUUUGAUCUGGAAUGACAGUAUUUCCAGUGCCCACAUCAGGUUUCAGACGUUGUAGGACAUAUUUUUAUCAGAUUAUGCUCGGUGGACCAGCCCUUUUUGCUACCUUACAAGGUUUUCUUGGGUUGAUCCAAACCUGUUUCAUGCUUCUCAACCAAGGGCUAUUUUUAAUUCCCCUUCGUUGAUUUUGCUCCCCAUCUUUAAUAAAUAUAUAUACCCUCUAUGGGUUUUCUAGGC